AUGAGUGCCAGGGCGCCCAAGGAGCUGAGGCUGGCGCUGCCGCCUUGUCUCCUCAACCGGACCUUUGCGGCCCCCAACGCCAGUGGCAGCGGCAACGCGAGCGCCCGAGGCGGCCAGGGCGCAGGCGGCGGCGGCACCUGCAUUACGCAGGUGGGACAGCAGCUCUUCCAGUCCUUCUCCUCCACGCUGGUGCUGAUUGUCCUGGUCACCCUCAUCUUCUGCCUCAUCGUGCUGUCCCUCUCCACCUUCCACAUCCACAAGCGAAGGAUGAAGAAGCGGAAGAUGCAGAGGGCUCAGGAAGAGUACGAGCGCGAUCACUGCAGCGGCAACCGCGGGGCCAGGGAACCCCUGGCCAGUGGCCAGGCCCCAACCCAAGUCAAAGAUGCCCGGCGGGAGAGGCAGCCUCGGGACUCCGCCUUCUGCGACCCCUCCAAAGCCUCUUCCUCCACCUCUUCUUCCAUCACCUCCUCCUCCACCUCCUCCUCCUCGUCCCCAGGCCUCCCAAGCCAGGGUCCCUGUGCUCCUCCGCCUCCGCCCCCCGCCCCCAGUCCGCAAGGAGCACAUGCCACCUCCUCCUGUUUGGACACAGCUGGUGGGGCCCUUUUGCAAACGGUGGUACUGUCCUGA